ACUAAAGAUGCUCAACAGAGUGCUGCUGCAAAGAUCGCAAGUUCUCCUCAGCUUGAGAAGGACUGCUUCGACUAGCACCCCUAAAUUUAGCCAGAAUUUGUUCUUUACUAACCAAUAUGUUAGCAAUAAUUAUCGGACCUUCUCGACUAAGCAAACUAAACCAGGAUCGGAUACUACCAAAUCUGAAAAGCAAGAGAAUCAGCAGAAAGGACAGAAAGAGCAGUUUGAGGAAGAGGAACACCAGGAAUUUCAUCAUGAUGAGUCUAAAGACGGCAAUUCACAUGCUAAUUUCUCCACUAGCAGGAAGAUCUUUUUUGCACUAGGAAAAGCAAUUAAAUAUUCUAUUUGGGCAUACAUCGUGCUAUUCUCCUACCAUUUCUAUCUUGUCAGGAAGAAGGAUAAGCCAGAAGAAUCAUUCGGAUGAAUAGAUUUGUUCUUAAGACAUGCUUUCAGAGCUCAGUGGCACUGAAAUGAGAUUAAUAAGCUACUAACAAGACCACCGAUUGAUAAGUUGUUACCAACAAUUCCUCCACUUCCCCCAGGCGCUAUAUAUCCAAAGACUUUGAUAAUCGGACUUAGAGGCGUGAGCGUGAAAUCUGAAUACAAGCUAGGGCUUGGGUUUGAGUAUAAAAAGAGACCUGGCCUCAACACCUUCCUGCAAAAAGCAGCUUCAAUGUACGAAGUUGUGCUCUUUGGUGAUGAAGAGUCUUCUCUAGUCCAAGAGAUCGGAAUUGCCCUUGACCCUGACCAAAGAAUGCUCCAAGGAGCUUUUGGGCACGAGUCUACGCUCUUAAAGGAUGGAAGAUACAUCAAGGAUCUCUCAUACAUGAACAGAGACACGAAGAACAUAGUCUGCAUUGACUUUGAUCCUGAAAAGUUCUAUUAUCACCAAGACAACGUCAUUAAAGUUCCAGAGUGGGAUGGAGACAACCUUGACAGAGAGCUUCUAGACCUCAUUCCCUUCCUAAGCCACUUAUCUGGCCACAAUGUCGAUGUUAAAACUGAAAUAAAGAAAUACGGAAAAGACAGGGGAUACUUAAAAUAUCAAGAAGUCCAAGAAACCAGAAGAGAGAUGAUCCAGAACAAGAAGGACUCAGGUUUCGGAGGUAUACUCAAGAAGCUUGGUAACAACCCAGGUCCCCAAGACAUGGAUGAUUAUGAUGAAAACAAACUCUUCCCCUCACAAUUCAGAAAUGAAUAAUUUAAGGAAUCAACUGGAUGAAA